CCUUCCAGCGGUUGAGCAACAACUUUUUCGAGAAAAAUACACCCGAGAACGCAUAUCCAUGGUCCUGCAAUUGCCAUUUUUUAAAUCACCAACUAUUGUGAUAGUCAAUCCAUUGACAGUUCCAAGUUCUUCACGAAUAGUGUACACGUCUGAUAAUAGAUUAUUAUUUAAAG